AUGCGUGACAGCAUCUGCGGUGGCGACCGGCCAGCGGUGCGCGAACCCCGCCCGCCGGCCGGCACCGCGGCGGUGCACAAACCCUGCCGACCGGCCGGAGCCGCGGCAGUGGCCAAUAGGCUGGACUCUGCUGGCUGGAAGUUUGACUGGUUCAGACAGGAGUCAGUGUCUUCUCCAGCUCAGCUCAUCAGAACCAAUGAACCAGAUGGAGUCCUCAGAGUCUCAGAGGGAGGUGUGUACAGCUGCAAAGGAGGAAGAGGAGAUCCAGCUUUCUACACUGAAACCAGCACAGAGAUCACCAUUCAGGAAACUGUUUCCAUUAAAACUACUGUGAUCCUGCAACCCAACUGGUCUGAGAUAUUCAGAGGAGAGACAGUCACUCUGAGAUGUGAGAUCCAGGGAGGUGGAGGAGCUCAGUGGACGUAUGAAUGGAGAACAACCAGAAACUCUCCAUCAUCCAGUGAAUACAGGACCAACAGCAUCACUGAGUCUGAUAGUGGAGACUACAGCUGUACGGGUAGAAGAGGCUAUCAGAUAACAGGAUGGAGUGAUGCCUUCAGACUGACAGUGAGAUCAGAUAAACCCAGAGCUUCACUGUCAGCAGAUAAAACACUCGUACCAGCAGGGGGCAGUGUAGCACUGUGGUGCUCUGUGUCCAGCUCUGUUGGCUGGAAGUUUGACUGGUUCAGACAGGAGUCAGUGUCUUCUCCAGCUCAGCUCAUCAGAACCAAUGAACUAGAUGGAGUCCUCAGAGUCUCAGAGGGAGGUGUGUACAGCUGCAGAGGAGGAAGAGGAGAUCCAGCUUUCUACACUGAAACCAGCACAGAGGUCACCAUUCAGGAAACUGUUUCUAAGCCGACUGUGAUCCUGCAACACAGCUGGUCUGAGAUAUUCAGAGGAGAGACAGUCACUCUGAGAUGUGAGAUCCAGGGAGGUGGAGGAGCUCAGUGGACGUAUGAAUGGAGAACAAUCUUGUUGACUUAUUAUAAUAAUCUUCACAACAGUGAAGACAGGAUCACUCCAGCUGACAGCGGCAGAUACAGCUGUAAAGGAACAAGAAACUAUCUGUUCACACCAUGGAGUGAUGAUCUCUCAGUAACUGUUUCAGAUAAACCCAGAGCCUCACUGUCAGCAGAUAAAACAAUCCUACCAGCAGGGGGCAGUGUAGCACUACGAUGCUCUGUGUCCAGCUCUGCUGGCUGGAAGUUUGACUGGUUCAGACAGGAGUCAGUGUCUUCUCCAGCUCAGCUCAUCAGAACCAAUGAACCAGAUGGAGUCCUCAGAGUCUCAGAGGGAGGUGUGUACAGCUGCAGAGGAGGAAGAGGAGAUCCAGCUUUCUACACUGAAACCAGCACAGAGGUCACCAUUCAGGAAACUGCCCCGUCCACUCCUGCCAGGCCUUCAUUUCCUGUUAUGUCGAUUGUUGGACCAGUUAUUGGAGUCAUUCUCAUUAUUCUCCUGCUCUUGCUGUGGCGCUACAGAAAGUCCAAAGAUUUAAACUGUAUCAGACUGAUUCAAUCAGAGAGCAGCAAUCAAACCUCAGCCACCAAUCAUGGAGGGACCCAGACUGAUAGUCCUGUUUACAGCUCACUGCUUCAUGGUGACCCUUCCCUCUAUGAGACGAUUCAACCCAUCAGAACCUCUGGAAAUGAUGCAGAUGAGUCCCAACAGCUCAAAAACUUAAACAAAGAACUUGAACACUUCAGAAUGAGGGAGAGGCCUCAUCGCCCAGCAGAAAGUUCUGUUUACGCCAAUUUUAAUCCAGGACAGGGGAGUCCUGCAGCAACAUAUGCAGCUGUGUAGGCUGGAGGCUGUGAUGGUUUACUCUGCUGUAUAUUCCAUGAGAUAAAUGCUGUUAUGCUGGAUAAUUAUGUGCCUUUUUACAAAGAUGCUAGAAAAUAUCAAGGGAAGGACAAUUAAUGAGAAUCGAGAACCUUUUAUUGUCACCACAUGUUACCAAGUUAAAAUUUUCUUUGAGGCAGACACCGGCUCACGAUGUACAUGGAUACAUGACACAAAGACAGAGCAGACUUAGUAUUUGGAGGACUGUGUUUUUUUCUCUUAUUUUUUUACAUUAAAGCAAGCAAGUUUGUAUCAUAGCCCAAGCUCAUAUCAGUCCCUUUGUAAAUGAUAUGAAAGGCUGUGAUGCUACAUGAGUGGAUUUCAAAUAUCACACAUGCCUCCUUAGAUUGUUAUAGCAGUGAGCUGUCUU